GAGACUGACUCUGCUGCGGCUGGCACCGAAUUCCAAUUCCAAGCCGUCCAUUUCUCCUGGUAUAAUAGGCAUGCUACACGAGGUGAUGACGUACCGCAGGAUGUGCACCCGAUGCUCCUGGGAAAGAAAGACUUGCGCACCAACUAUAGCCAAAUGCUCCCAUACACAUCCAAGGACAUGCUCGAACACGCAGACACGUACCACAAUCUGCAAGUGGUGUUCGACAACGUGUUCACGUGGGUUGCAGAGCAGGUUCAAACCACGCUGCCAGACGAGUACCGCGUGCUGAGUAUGGAUGCUCAGGUAUUGCCUGGGAAUGCGCACUCAAUUGUGCAUCCGUUCCUCUCCCUCGUCAUCAACUUGAAUGUCGCAACCAUGGCCCACAGGGAUCGUAAGGACAAGUCCCUCUGCGUUGUCCUC